UGUAAAGCUUCUUUGCCGUCCGAAAUUCUUGUUGAUUUUUGAAUACACUGUGCGUGAGCAUUGACUUUCUGCCUCAUGGCUUUCUCUCGGCGGCUGAUAACAGAACUGGAGGAUAUCCGGAAACUGCAAUUGCCCUAUUUCACCAACAUCCAAGUAAACCAGUCCAACUUCUUGGUCUGGCAAGGACUCAUAGUACCUCAGGAGAAGCCCUACGACAAGGGCGCCUUCCUGGUCGAGAUAACCUUCGCUCCUGAGUACCCUUUCAAGCCGCCCAAGGUCAUCUUCCGCACCAAGAUUUACCACCCUAACGUCAGCGAGGAUGGUCAGAUCUGCCUACCCCUUCUACAGCCGGAGAACUGGAAGCCAGCAACGAGACUGGAACAGGUAUACACUGGAACCUGAAUAGAGUUAAAUAUUCCAUAACAAC